UGGUGUCUGAUCCAAUCGGCACGGCGUUGAAGAGACAAAAUUGAGAUCACGAUGAAGUUCCUGGAUAAGUUUGAGUUACCCCGGGCAGAUCCUGAAACAAAGGAAUUCCCAAUAUUGGACUCGGCAUGGCCAUCGACUCUCAUAUGCUUGGGAUAUUUGCUAUUCGCACUCAAGCUUGGACCUAUUUACAUGAAGAAUCGCCAGCCGUAUAACGUGAAGCCCUUAAUGCUCAUCUAUAAUAUCGUACAAGUGAUCUACAAUGGAAUAAUGUUCUCUUUUGGGGUGUACCGAGUCAUCAUUAACCCGGCGUAUGACAAUAAAUGCAUGGAGACCCUUCCGCUUGACCACCCGCUGAAGCCAACCGAACGCUUGGCUGCAUACAUAUUCUUCUUGAAUAAGUUGCUCGAUCUGGUGGAUACCGUAUUCUUCGUAUUACGAAAAAGUUAUAAGCAAAUAACUGUACUACAUCUAUACCACCAUGUCAUUAUGGUCUACGGUACGUAUUGGGUUCUGAGAAUGUACGGCACCGGCGGCCAAUACGCAAUGAUGGGAUUCUUUAACUCCUUCGUGCAUACCGUCAUGUACUCCUACUACUUUGUUUCGGCUCUUUAUCCCGAGCUCAAGGGCAAUCUUUGGUGGAAGAAGUAUAUCACUCGACUCCAAUUGGCGCAGUUUAUUUUGCUAUUCUUCCAACCUAUACAUGUGCUCAUCUUUAAUCCGACUUGCGGAUUUCCAUUGGGACUGCAUCUAAUGCAGCUGGCGGCGGCAGUAUCCUUCAUAAUCAUGUUUAGCAAUUUUUACUAUCAUGCUUACAUUAAGCCCAAGCCAUUGAAAACACAGUGA